AUGAUUUGCGUUUUAGAUGAUGCUUGUUUAUCUGCAAAAAAGAUGUGUGAUGGUAUUGCUGACUGUAAGACAGGAGAAGACGAAUAUUUUUGCACACCUGAAGGAUGUAAUGCUAAUUUCCAAUGUAAUGAUGGAAGUUGUAUUCCUUUUUUUGCUGAGUGUAACGGCAAUAUCGAUUGUCCUGGUGGAGAGGAUGAAGGACCUCAAUGUCAAUGUCCUCAUGGUGAAUUUAGAUGUGUCGGUGGAAAAUGUAUUGACUACUCUUUGGUUUGUGAUGGAAAUCAAAAUUGUGGUGUGAGUGACGAUGAAUCAGAUGCAACAUGUGCUCUCACAACACAGCCAAUUACGACAGUACAAACGACCACUGUACCAGCGACCACAGUACCAGCGACUACAGUACCAGCAACUACAGUACCAGCAACUACAUUACCAGCGACCACUGUACCAGCUACUACAAUACCAACGACUACAGUACCAACGACCACAGUACCAGCAACUACAGUACCAGCAACUACAUUACCAGCGACCAUUGUACCAGUUACUACAAUACCAACGACUACUGUACCAGCGACCACAGUACCAACGACCACAGUACCAGCAACUACAGUAUCAGCAACUACAGUAACAGCGACCACUUUACCAACUACUACAAUACCAACCACUAUUGUAUCAGCGAAAACAGUACCAGCGACCAAUGUACCAGCGACAACAGUUCGAGCGACAACAACACAGCCGAUAACUACACAAAUAAAGACAUCGCAACCAACAACAACAGGUACUGAAUAUAACAUUGUCAAGUAA